AUCCCGUGCAAGAAUAGAGCAAUUACAUUACAUGACGAAGAAGGCACACGAAAUUUUCUGGUGGCCUUUUACCCAGCAUAAGCUUAUAUCUAAAGACCAUGUCAUGAUGAUUGAUUCACGCUGUGGUGAGAACUUUGCAGUGCACAGUGUCAAUAACUCUAUUAAGAACACGGAUUCUAUAAUUCAACGGUUUGAUGCUUGUGCUAGUUGGUGGACACAGGGACCUGAUGCUAGUUUACAGAUUGAGCUUGCAAGAGACAUGGGAUAUGCUACCUCUAGGUAUGGGCAUGUAAUGUUUCCUCAGAAUGUUCAUGAGCCAGCUUUGAAGUGUGCUGAACUUUUGCUUGAAGGUGUUGGAAAAGGAUGGGCUUCAAGGGUAUACUUUUCAGAUAAUGGAUCAACGGCAAUUGAAAUAGCUCUUAAAAUGGCACUACGCAAAUUUUUGUUUGACCAUGGGUUUCUUUUUGAAAGUCCAAAUGGUAAUGAUGUUGAUAAAUAUAUCAAUUUAAAGGUUUUGGCUCUUAGAGGAUCUUAUCAUGGCGAUACAUUGGGAGCUAUGGAAGCACAGGCACCUUCACCUUACACUGGAUUCUACCAACAACCAUGGUAUAAGGGAAGAGGGCAUUUCUUAGACCCACCAAAAGUUUCCUUGUGCCAAGAUGUUUGGAAACUUUUCAUCCCAAAGAAAAUUCAACCUAACAUAGCAAAUGAAGAAGAUUUGAUUUUCAGCUCACGUGAUGAAAUCUUUCAAAAAGAACGGGAUGUAUCAGGUAUUGCUGAUGUGUAUUCAUCGUACAUAUCACAAGAGUUAUUGGAGAAUCUGGAUCCUAGAGGAUAUAUCUCUAUUGGAGCAUUGAUUAUUGAGCCAGUGAUCCAAGGUGCUGGUGGAAUGGAAAUGAUUGAUCCUUUAUUUCAAAGGAUACUCACAAGAGAAUGCCACAGACGGAAGAUUCCUGUCAUAUUUGAUGAGGUUUUUACUGGAUUUUGGCGCCUUGGAGCAGAGUCUGCAGCGGAGUUGCUUUCCUGCCAACCAGAUAUUGCCUGCUUCGCAAAAUUAAUGACUGGUGGAGUUGUACCCUUAGCCGCUACACUUGCCUCAGAAGAAGUUUUUGAAGCUUUUAUUGACGAUUCAAAGCUCAAAGCUCUUUUACAUGGUCACUCGUACACUGCUCAUGCUCUGGGCUGUACAGCUGCUGUUAAAUCAAUUAAAUGGUUUAAAGACUGCAAAACAAAUUCUAAUUUGACACAUGGAGGGAGACUGCUAAAGGAGAUGUGGGAUGAGAACCUAGUUCGACAUAUCUCUCUACUCCCAGCCGUUGAUAGGGUGGUUGCUUUAGGGACUCUAUGCGCGAUUGAACUUCGAGUAGAAGGUUCCAAUGCAGGGUAUGCAUCACUCUGUGCUUCAAACCUUCUUCACAAGCUCCGAGGUGAUGGCAUUUACAUGAGGCCUCUCGGCAACGUUGUUUACCUCAUGUGUGGGCCCUGCACCUCGCCCGAUGUUUGCCGCACCGUAUUGGAAAAGGUUUUCAGGAGACUGGAGGAGGUGAGCCAGGCCAAGAUUGUUUAACCACUUUGUUCAAACUGUUGAAGAAGCCUAAAGUUAUGCACUUGAAAAGGUUUCAUUUCUCACCUCUCACUUGGUGGCAAUUGCAUAUGCUCUCUUUCCCAAGUCCAGUUGCGGUAGACUUGAUGCUCCUCUUCCAAAUUAAAGGUAUUUAGUUAAA